UUAAUCUGCACCACAUAAUUGCCUUUGCUUAUUGUUUAUAUGUUCUUCUUCUACUCUCCAUUUGUAUUUCAACCUCUCUUUUUCAUAGAAUCCAUGACACCAAGAUCACCAUUGAGACAACUUCUGCAAGAACAACAAGAACCUUUCGAGUUGGAGGAUUACCUUUUUGAGAGAGAGUGGUACUCAAGGAAGAGCUCGAAUCGGGGAAGUGGCUUCGGCUGCAGCGGUGGAAAAUUAAACGGUGUUAUGAAGUUUGGAAAGGGAUUUGUUGAGAUUAAUAAGAUGCUGAGGAAUUCGUGUAAGAAGCUUCUCUCCAUUCAUAGGAAGCAGCAGCAAACUAAGGAUGUGGGGGAAAAUGGUUGGUUUUUUAGUGUCGGCUGCAAGAGAGUGGCAGAAUCAGACAACUUUUUGUCUCCCUGCAGCUUCCAAAAGACGCUCAGCUCAGAUAAUGAACAAACAUCUCCUUAUCCUGCUAAUUCAUCAAGUUCAGACACUUCCGGAGCUCUAGAACCCAGCAACUUACAAGUACUGAAGGACAUGAAAACAGGGAAGAAGAGUCUAAUUCGAGCGAGACCAAACGAUGGCAUUCCUCUACAGAAGCAAGUUUCAGAAGACUCAAUUCUGUCAGCCACGCUCUGGCAGUUGCUUCUUUGCUCCGCAGCAACGGAGAAAACGAGUGGCACAGAGACUGCAGAGCUGCAAGAACUUGUAACGUCCAGCCCAGCAGCUCAGCUCAUGAUACCCAAAAGGGUAAUACAUCAAACAAAGCAGCUUCUUUUUGACUGUGUGAGGGAAGUGGUGGCGACCCAUUCUAAGAAGGGCAGUCGGAAAGCCCGGAGGCUCAUCUGUGCGAAGGAAGCCAAAGGAAAAGAAGCAAACUUAUCAAAUUUAGUCUGCUCAGAUUACUUAUUCUCAGCAGCAGAAUGGAGGGAUUUCAAGCCGCAAAAGCAGCUUAUAGGGACAGAGAUUGGAGAAUUCAUUGUCCAAGAGAUCAUUAAUGAAGCUGUUACUGAACUAAUUGAUAAUCUAUGGCCAUCAACCCUCUGGCUUCAACUAUACCAAGAUUCCAACACAUAGAUUUGCCAGAUUCAACAGGCCAAAAAAGGCAUUCUCGAUCGAACUCUAGACGAUAACUAGUUGUCGUGUAAGACAACAUUUAUUAUCAACCAAAAUAAUGAUUUAUUGAUUAUGAAGCAGUUAAGAUCUAC